CAGUCGCGGAGGAGGAGGGCUGAACGCGGCAGGUCUCUACCGGGACGACGUCAGAAGUUAAUAGUCUGUCCCUACUUCACUACGUACAAGAAAUUUCGUCCUUUGGAAUAAUAACAGACUCUGUAGUGAUCUAAAUGCCCCAGAGGCGUUCACCUUGUCCCAGUUUGUUCAAGCCCUGCCCUCACUUCCUGCUAUGUUCUUGGUCCGGCCACUCUUAAAAUGGCGGAGGCCCACCAGGCAGUGGCCUUCCAGUUCACCGUCACUCCAGAGGGCAUCGAUCUGCAGCUGUCCCACCAGGCUCUCUCUGAGAUCUACCUCUCUGUGGUGCGCUCAUGGAAGAAGCGUAUCAUCAGAGUCAAGAACAGAGUGAUCUCAGGUGUGUAUCCUGCUAGUCCGUCUUCGUGGCUUUUUGUGGUCAUAGCCAUCCUGGCCACCAUGUACACUCGCUCGGACCCCUCCAUGGGACUCAUAGCCAAGAUACAGGAGCACCUGCCUGUCAGCCAGAUAAGCACGCAGUGCCAAGCAGUGGUGUCAGCUGUGGUCUUCAGCACGAUGCUGUGGCUGCUGCUCAUCUUCACCAUGCGUCUGUGCCUCAAGCAGCUGCUCUCCUACCACCGCUGGAUGUUCGAGCAGCAUGGCAAGAUGUCCACCACCACCAAGAUCUGGGUGGCUCUGGUGCGGAUCUUCUCUGGCAGAAAGCCUCUGCUCUACAGCUACCAGGGAUCCCUGCCAAACCUCCCACUGCCUGCCGUGAAGGACACAGUCAAGAGGUACCUAGAAUCUGUGCGCCCGCUGGUGGACGACGCAGAGUUCGAGCGAAGGAACAAGCUGGCCUCCGAGUUCGAGAGCAGCCUCGGUAAACGGCUGCAGUGGUACCUCAAACUCAAAGCUCUCUGGGCCUCAAACUACGUUAGUGACUGGUGGGAGGAGUACGUGUAUCUACGUGGACGAGGCCCCAUCAUGGUCAACAGUAACUACUAUGGCAUGGACUUCCAGUAUGUGACUCCUACACCCAUCCAGGCAGCCAGGGCAGGGAACACCAUCCAUGCCUUCUUCCUGUACCGCAGGAAACUCAACAAAGAGGAGAUUAAACCUAGUCGCAUCCCAGGCACAGUCAUUCCUCUGUGCUCAGCUCAGUGUGAGAGGAUAUACAACACCACACGCAUUCCCGGGGAGGAAACGGAUACUGUUCAACACUGGGAGGACAGCGACUACAUUGUGGUUUACCACAAAGGUCGUUACUACCGUCUCAGGGUAUACCAGGCAGGCAGACUCCUGUCACCCAGGGAGAUCGAGUUCCAGAUUCAAAGGAUCCUUGACGACACCACGCCACCGUCCAAAGGAGAGGCCAAACUAGGAGCUCUUACAGCUGGUGAAAGAAUCGCCUGGUCUAAAGCCAGGCAGAAAUAUUUCAGUAGCGGGGUCAAUAAACGCUCUCUAGACUGCAUCGAGAGGGCGGCCUUCUUCGUGACCCUGGACGAUGAUGAGCGAGGCAUGAUGGCUGACAAUUCACCAGAAGGUUUAGAUCACUACGCCAAGUCCUUGUUGCACGGGAACUGUUACGACAGGUGGUUCGACAAAUCCUUUUCAGUUGUUUACUACAAAAAUGGGAAAAGUGGGAUAAACGCAGAGCAUUCCUGGGCAGAUGCACCGGUAGUAGCACAUUUAUGGGAGUACGUUCUUACUACUGACAGUUUCCAGCUUGGUUACAACGAAGAGGGACACUGCAAGGGAGAGGUCGACUCAUCGCUGCCUCGACCACAGAAGCUCAACUGGGAAAUCCCCCCUGAGUGUGAGGAGCAGAUCUCCCGGUCUCUGGAAGUGGCCCAGGCUCUGGCUGAUGAUGUGGACUUCCAUGUUUUCUCCCUCCGAGAUUUCGGCAAAGGAAAGAUCAAAAAGUGUCGAGUCAGUCCUGAUGCUUUCGUACAGAUGGCUCUUCAGCUGGCUUACUUCAGGGAUCGAGGGACGUUCUGUCUGACGUACGAAGCCUCCAUGACCCGCCUGUUCAGGGAGGGCAGGACAGAGACUGUUCGCUCCUGCAGCAAUGAGAGCAGUGCCUUUGUUCGAGCGCUACAAGGUGGAGAGCCAGCAGACGUGUGCCGGCGUUUGUUCCGUGCGGCGUCAGAAAAACACCAACAGCUGUACCGCAUGGCGAUGACUGGAGCCGGGAUUGAUCGACACCUGUUCUGCCUCUACUUGGUCUCCAAAUACCUCGGAGUGGAGUCUCCCUUCCUGAAAGAGGUGCUGUCAGAGCCGUGGAGACUCUCUACAAGCCAGACUCCCGUCCAGCAGGUGGAGCUGUUUGACUUGGUUAACCACCCAGAGUACAUCUCCUGUGGAGGCGGCUUUGGACCAGUGGCUGACGAUGGUUAUGGUGUAUCUUACAUGUUUUUGGCAGAGAACAUGGUUAAUUUUCACAUCUCAUGUAAACACUCGUGUUCUGACACUGAUGCCCAUGGCUUCGGUGGUCAGAUCAGGACAGCCCUGCACGAUCUGCUACAUCUACUGGACCCCCUCUCAAGGGAGCCUAUCAAGAAGGAGGAGAGCAAGGCUGAGGUCAAGAAGGAGAAGUAGACACUUCAUCUGAGGAAAGGAUGAAGAGGAGAACGUGUGAAGGCAGAUCUGUGAUAAAGAUAAAAUGGGAGACGCCAGGUAUUUGUUCCUCACAUGCUGAGGGGCUAGGUGGCUGAUUUUUGUUUUUGUUGUUUUAAGAGUGUCUUUGGACAGCGUGUAACGAUGAAGAUUGUUUUUAUUGAUGCGGCUAUAGGUGUGUUUGUGUGUGUGUGUGUCUCAGCUGUGUGUGUAGAGAAAGGAAAGGUCCAGAACAGAACUAGUUUAGUUUUACCAACCCAACAAAAUGAAGGCACAUGAUUUUUUCCUAUUGUUUGUCACUAUAAAGCAAAACGGCCAGUCUGUUCAUCUAAACCUCUCCAGAAAAUCCUGAUGUCACUCAACUGCAGGGAAUAAUUUUAUUUAAUCUUCCAAUAGAGUAUGAUUUUAUUAUGUGAAGUAAUGACACUGACCUUCUCUGGCUGCAGUGUGUGUGUGUGUGUGUGUGUGUGUGUGUGUGUGUGUGUGUGUGUGUGUGAGAGGCUUAAAGAUGAAAGGGAAAAACAUGUAGAACUGUUGAGGUGAUUUCAUUUUCUACCAUCUGAAUGCAGCAUUUCUGUCAAAGUGGGAGCCUUUAUUUUGAAAAGCCCAGAAGUCUUUUAACUCCUGUGUGUAAAUCUGUUUUUUUUAUAAUAUGCAGUACAUGAUCAUGAGGCUGUAGUGAGUGCCAGGUGGGUUAUUACAUGUAUUUCUGUUACAGAUUUGUCAUAUUCACUGCUGUUUUUAUCUUUUAUUUGUGUUAAAUUAGUGCCAUAACAAUGCAAACUAUAUUUAUGGGUCCAUUGUGACAUCAGUCAGCGGUUCUGCUGCUCAGAUGUGGAUCAGAUUUUAAAUGUGUUGCCAGUGACACAGGUUCCUGUAACUUACCACUUUGUUGUCCCCAAACAUAAAUCACUUUGUUUUAUUAUUGCUAUUGUAAUGCUUUUUAAUGCAACAUUAUUAUAAGGGAACAUUAAAACAUUCUUUAGAAAAAAA